GGUGAUGUGAGUGAGUAUGUGGAGCAGGAGCAGGAGAUCAGCCUGUUGGACCGAGAUGACAGCUGAUCCCUGUUCAACACAGAUGCCAAACACACGGGAUCAUCUGCAGACGGUCAACACGUAGCUGAUACGGAUACGGCUUUCCACUCGAGACGACAGAUUUAUAAAAGUUGGAAGCGAUCAAACUGUAAAUAAGUGGAAAGUGGACUGACAGGAAGCCCACGACCAAAACAACCAGGUUCUUACUUGUCACACAGGUAAUGAGUGAACAUGGAGGCAGGCUCUGUGGUGCGUGCUGUGUUUGAGUUCCUGCCCAGUGUCUCAGAGGAGCUUCCUCUGUUUGCCGGUGAUGUUGUUGAAGUCCUUAGUGUAGUAGAUGAGUUUUGGUUGCUCGGUAUCAAAGACGGCGUCACAGGUCAGUUUCCUAGCACCUUUGUUGAAUCUGUCACUGUUCCCCCUACGAAGGCAGGAGAUCAACUCUAUGUGUGUAUCAAUGACUUCAACUCCUCUGAUCCAGGCAACCUGCCCCUGAAGAGAGGUGAUGUGGUGGCUGGAGAGGGCACUGUAGAUGCAGUUUGGCACAGGGGUCGGAAUGCCUGGGGCUCACGUGGACUUUUUCCCUUAUCCUGUGUGAAGGAGCUGGAGUUAUCAGGCCGCUCUAGGCAGCUGAGUGAGCGCAGUGCAGCUGCACAGGAUUCUGAGCUGCCUCCAUAUGCUCUGGGCCAGGGCCGUGCUCUCAUGAGCCUGCACGCCCAGCUGGAUGAAGAGCUGGACUUUCGUGAAGGUGACAUCAUCACUAUAGUAGGGAUGCCUGAGCCAGGUUGGUUCCAGGGUGAGCUGGAAGGUAGGACAGGAAUCUUUCCUGAGGGUUUCGUAGAGCUGCUUGCACCUCUGCGCUCGCUCCAGCCUGCCAAGCCUGUCAGCCUUGGACAGGAUCAUUAUUCCCCCUGCGAAAUGGAGGAAGAAAAGGAAGAGGAGGAGGAAGAAGAAGAAGAAGAAGAGGAGGGAGUAAAGGACACUAUAGAAAUGCAGACUCUGGAAGAAGAUAAAGAGGAUACUGGUGUGUAUGGAAUCGCACAGUAUGAGUUCCGAGCUCUGGAGCCUGGGGAGCUGGACUUUGAUGUCGGGGAUAGGAUACAAAUACUCAAAACACUAGAGGACGGUUGGCUUGAGGGGCAGUUGCGAGGAAGAAAGGGUAUUUUCCCCCACCGUUUUGUUAAGAUGGAGGAACAGUUAGAACAAGUGCCAACUGAAAAAAACAGCACCUCUGAUAAAGAGGAACGUGACGAUUAUGCUUUUGAGUAUAAUUGUGGUCAGGAAGACCAAGCUUUACCAGCACAUGAUCAGGAUGUAACAAGCCAUGAGGACUACACAGUGUGGGAUCUGGACUACUUUGAAAGAAGAGAAGAAUGCAGAGAGGCCUGUUUGAGGGACACACAGUCAGAAAUCAGCUGUCAGGACAGAACAACAGUUCAGAGCCAGCCUCCAAAUCAGCCAGGUCCGAGGAAACGAGAGAGGCCACCACCACCACUUGUCCAUCCCAGUAGAACAGGCAGUUCAGGCCCCAGGCCACUCCAGAGAACUAACACAGGAAAUCUGAUUCCACCCAGGCCACAGCUGCCCCCUCGUCCCAGCCUCCGCAACAGACAGAACAGCACCAGCAAUCAUAACAGCCCUCCUGAACCACCACCUGUUCCCAACACCAGGAACACCAGCCUUAACCAAUCUAAUAAAACCUCUUCAGGCCUCCAGAGCAAUUCCUCCUGGACCAGGAACAAAGGUUACUAUGCCUCCCAUGACAGCAGAAACCCCUUCAACAGCAGAAGAUCGGCCAAUCAAGCAAAGAACAGACAGAUGAAAUUGACCCGCCAUGCAAGUAUCAGUGAUGCUGACCUUGGAACAUAUGGGCAUGGUGAGCAUAAUAUAUGGUCUCAGGAGCAGGGCACUAAUGGGCUGCCGACCUCUCACACAUUAGGCUGUUUAUCUGGCAACCUGGAUGCCAAGCUGACCCAGCAGCUCCUGGAGUUUGAGAGAAGCCUUCCAGGCAGGUGUAGCGGAAGUGAGCAGCAGUCCAUGAGAAACAAUCAGUGUAGAGACAAGUUUGCCCGCCACUUUUCUAUCAUGGACUACAGUAGCGAGAGUGACCUCAUCAAAGGCUUUUACCACUCCUUGCCCCGUAAUUCAGCCCCCUCUAGCCCCAGCUCCUCUCUAGAAAGACAGAAAACACUACGCCCACCUCCUCCUCGUCCCAGGAUCCUUAGACCACCAGCACCUCGUAGUUCUCAUGGUCACUCUUCUCUUAGCAAUGGUCAAGGUCCUCAACAGCCCUACAGGCCAACACGACAAGCUCCACGGCCACCUCCACCUUGUCCUCGACCCCCUAUGCAGCUCUCCAGCCUCUUGGUCUCAACAGAAGAAGAGGAUGGUACACAGGAGGAAAAGGUGGAGGAUGCUGAAGAUGUUCUUGAGAGGGAGCUUGAGCAAGAGAGGGAAAGAGAGCAGGAGGAGUAUAGACUUCUCUUGCGACUUGAGGAAGUUGAAAGAGACAUUGACAUGUACACACACACAGCACAGGAGUUGAGUGCCAUGCUAGAGGAAGAAGGAGAGGAGGAUGAAGUGGCCCGUCAGCAGGCUCUGGAGAAUCUGGAGUUCUGCAACUACACUGUGGAGACCCUCACACUGGAGCAGCAGCAGUUGCGAGAGAUGACUCUACUGUCAGCCCAGCCGAAAUCUCAAGAACCAGCUCCAGCCUCUGCAGCCACCACUGAGGAUCCUGAGCAAAGGAUGCUAGAGAAAAGGUCAAAAGUCAUAGAGGAGCUCCUGCAAACUGAGAGAGAUUACAUCAAAGACCUGAACAUGUGUAAGACAGAAAUCAUCCAACCCCUACAGAGUAAACAGGUCCAGAAUGUAGACUUUGAUGGGCUCUUUGGCAAUAUCGAUUCUGUAAUUGAUCUCUCCACUCGUCUUGAAAAAGCACUUCGGGACACUGACUUGAUAGGAAAAGUGUUCCUGGACUUCAAAUCAGAACUGGAGGAGGUGUACAAGGUCUACUGUCAGAAUCAUGAUGAUGCCAUUGCAUUGCUGGAGUCCUAUGAGAAAGAUGAAAACAUUCAGAAACAGGUGCUGGAGUGCCUGGAGAACCUCAGAGCGAUAUACCAUGAGUGGGGGAAGACUAACUACAUCAAUCUGGGUUCGUUCCUGAUAAAACCUGUGCAGAGGGUGAUGCGUUAUCCACUGUUGCUCAUGGAGCUUUUGAAUACCACCCCAGAGUCACACCAUGACAGGAAGCAGCUUGUAGAUGCAGUGUCAUCUGUCAAAGGAAUCAAUGUCAAUAUCAAUGAGUACAAAAGAAGAAAAGACCUGGUGGUGAAGUACCGCAAAGGGGAUGAGGACAGACUCAUCGACAAGAUCUCCAAAUUAAGCAUGCACUCCAUCAUCAAGAAAUCAAACAGAGUGAGCAGUCACCUCAAACACCUGACUGGAAUUGCACCACAGAUCAAAGAUGAAGCUUUUGAUGAGGCAGAGAAGCGAUUCAGACUCCAAGAGAGAUUAAUCAAGUCUUUUAUCAGGGAUAUCUCUCUUUAUCUGCAACACAUACGGGAGUCAGCCUCCGUGAAGGUGCUGUCAGCCAUCAGCUUCUGUGAUAUCUACACAGAACGACAACAACAGCUGGAACCUGAGCGCUUCCAGAGAGCCCAUCGGUGCAUCAGUGACAAGCGGUUCACUGAAUUUAAGGAGAGGACAGAGAUUUUGGUCAUCUCUCCCCUCACCCAGCUGCUUUCCAUGUUUGCUGGUCCACACAAGCUGAUCCAGAAGCGCUUUGAUAAGCUGCUUGACUAUGAUAACUGUAAGGAGAGAGCAGAGAGGUUGAAAGACAAGCGUGUGCAGGAAGAGCUGCAAACAGCAAGGAAUAACUACGAGGCCCUGAAUGCCCAGCUGCUGGAUGAACUUCCAAAAUUUCAUCAUGCUGCUGAGGCCCUCUUCACCAACUGUAUGCGGGGCUUUGCCCAGGCACAGAGAGACUUCAUGUUUCUCACACUGGGAGAGCUCAGUCCACUCCUGCAGUUGUCAGGUAUAGGAGGCACAGAGGGGAACCUGGUGUCGCUGUUUCAGGAAGAGCACAGCAGAGUGCUCCAGCUAUUAGAGAGCUUCAGCUUCUUCCCAGAGAACCUGCCCACACCGCGCAAAGCCUACGAAAAGAAAACCCUGGAGAAACAGACUACCAAGAAGCAGCUUCUAAGCCCUCCAAACUACAUAAUGCAGACAGAUGAGCAUCGAACAGGGCUACUUGCUCUCUACGGCCCAGAGAAACUCUUCCAGGCAGUAAGGAACUUUAACGCUGCACAGGACUUGGAUGUGUCCAUACUAGAGGGGGACAUAGUAGGGGUUAUCAAACAGCAAGACCCCAUGGGCAGUCAAAAUCGCUGGCUUAUAGAUAAUGGUGUCACAAAGGGCUUUGUUUACAGCUCCUUCCUCAAGCCCUAUAACCCACGACAGAGCCAUUCAGAUGUUUCUAUUGAGAGUCAGUCUUCCAAUGAGUCAGGAUAUGGUGGCUCCUCCCCUGUAUUCUCACGACAGAACAGCAACAGCACACUGACGUUCAACCAUGAGACAUCUACCGUCAGCUACUCUUCGGCGCACGCUCCAAACCAUGCAUCACGACACCUGUCUCAGGACUCUAACACCUCCAACAGAAUCCCACACAUCGAUACUCCAUCGCCAAACUACCCUUCCACCAAUCAGAGGGAUACCCCUGACUCCACCUACAGGAAUUCCUCCAAUCAGAAAGAACUGUCUGAGAUUGCUGUUCAUAAUGCUGCCAAUCACAAGGACUAUUUGGAGCCUUUGUCCCGAAAUCCUGCCAAUUACAGAGAUUCCUCUGACUCCAGUUCUAGCACACCAGCUAAUUACAGAGACCCCUCAGACUCCUCAGAGACAGACUCUUGUUCCUCCAGUAAGAACUCUAGAUACACAACCUACAGCUCUCUGCAGAGACAGAAUGGCGAGUGUUCAGUGCAGAAAAAGAGGCCUCAGUACCCUGCUGAUGAGUACAUAGAGCCUGACCAUGAGCUGAAUGGCCAACAGAUAUAUUAUGCUCUUUAUUCAUUCACUGCACGCUGCGCAAAUGAGCUGAGCAUUUCAGCCAAUCAGAGAGUUCGGAUCCUAGAGUUUCAGGACAUGAACGGCAACCAGGAGUGGUGGCUGGGUGAGGCUGGAGGACGGCGGGGCUACGUACCUUCCAACUACAUCCGCAAGUCAGAGUACACCUGAGCAUGAUGGCUGUACUGGAGACGGAAAGAUAUUCAGCAGCCCCAAACCACCACAGAUAAGCUGAACUGCAGAGCCACAUGGAACAAAGGACGAUAUUGUGCUUUUGCUCAGUGAGCGAUGGAUUGAUGUGGUGAAGGAGAAAACUGAUCAUUGCUGCUUAUAGGAACAAAAUGUGACUUCUCCAUGACUAGAUUUACUGAUGUUCCUUAAUAUCCUGUUAUUGACUUUACCUUUGAGCUCCUUAUUGUGGCAUUCUUGAAGCACAAUUAACACUUUGCAUUUUGAGUUUGGAGAAAGACUGGCAUGACGUGUGUUUAAGCUUGGGUUAUGUUCAGGUGUCUAAAUUAACUAUGAAUGCCUGUGCAGGAGAAGGGUAGGAGAAGUCCAGAAAUUAUGCUAGCACUUAACUGGUGUGCUAAAGGAAAAUAGAUCAUAAAGUAAAGGAAAUAUUAUGAAGUGGUAAAACCUUGACUAAAGAAAAUAAAGUAAUGAGAAUGUAUGGGUGGAUGUUCUCUGGGAGGCGGUGAGCAAAAGCAGUGGCUUUGAGCAUAGCAUUUUGGAGACAUAUGGAGUUGUUUGUUAGACAAUCGAUACAUCCCUUGUUCAAAUAUGUAUGUGAACACAAACAAUUAACAAAGUGUGCAAAUCUUUCACAGAACUCAGAACAAGACAAUAUAUGCUGAACAAUAUUUAAGAGUCCAAAUAAAAUGUGAGAAGUGUCUUUUAUAAACACAGUAUUUCCAUAAUUUUCUACUUUUUUUCAGUUUUUGAAUGCAAUGUUCCCUAUAGUGACCUCGGAAUGGGUUUUACGAGCCAGAGCCACAUAGGAGUUUGAUCAGUAGUGAAUUCAUUCAUUGGUACCAUGAAGCCCUAGCGGUCCUUUUGAUGCAUGCAUUAACAUACUGUUGAUGGCUUUCAUCAUAUUCAUCUCUGAUGCUGUAUAGGAACCAUGUAUGUACUGUACUCCAGUCACAGGCAAUCUAUUUCUUUCUCAUUUGAAUAAAAUUUCUAGGGAAAACUUA